GCCAUGGCUGCUUCUGUGGUGCGGCUGCUGCAGCGGGGCCCUCGCUGCUUCUUGGCUCCAGCCGCCCCGACGCUGGUUCCCCCGGUCCGGGGAGUGAAGAAGGGGUUCCGUGCAGCCUUCCGCUUCCAGAAGGAGCUGGAGCGAUGGCGGCUGCUGCGCUCCCCGCCGCCGCCCGUGCGACGUUCAGAGAAGCCAAACUGGGAUUACCACGCGGAAAUACAAGCCUUUGGGGCCCGGUUGCAAGAAACCUUUUCCUUGGACCUCCUCAAAACUGCGUUCAUCAAUAGCUGCUACAUUAAAAGCGAAGAGGCGAAACGUCAGAAACUUGGGAUCGAGAAAGAAGCUGUUCUUCUGAAUCUUAAGGACAAUCAAGAACUAUCCGAACAAGGGCUGUCCUUUUCCCAUAAGUGCCUCACACAAUUUCUUGAAGAUGAGUUCCCAGACUUGCCCACUGAAGGCAUUGAAAGUCUGGUUAGCUUUCUUACUGGUGAGGCAGUUGUCUGUCAUGUGGCUAGUAACUUGGCUGUGGAGCAGUUGACCCUGAGUGCGGAGUUCCCUGUCCCCCUGCCUGUACUGCGUCGGACUUUCUUUGCAGUGAUUGGAGCCCUGCUACAGAGCAGUGGACCCGAAAGGGCUGCGCUUUUCAUCAGGGACUUUUUAAUUACGCAAAUGACGGGGAAGGAGCUCUUUGAGAUGUGGACUGUCGUAAAUCCCAUGGGACUACUCAUAGAGGAACUGAAGAAGAGGAACAUUUCGGCUCCCGAGUCUAGACUCACCAGGCAGUCAGGAAGCACAACUGCUUUGCCGUUGUAUUUUGUUGGCUUAUACUGUGAUAAAAAGCUGGUUGCAGAAGGACCUGGGGAAACGGUACUAGUUGCAGAGGAGGAAGCUGCUCGAGUGGCACUUAGAAAGCUCUACGGAUUCACAGAGAACAGACGGCCCUGGAACUACUCCAAGCCCAAAGAGAGCUCAAAAGCAGAGAAAACCAGCAUUGCCAGUUAGGCAGCAAGCAGGGUGACACCAUCAUGUCUAGAGCAAAGCAGUGAGACUGUGCCAGAGGGACAAAAUGCAGGGAGGAACCUGUCUCAUUAUUUUUACUGUACUCCUAAAAUUAAACAAGUGUUUAUCAGA